AUGAAAUCCCACGCUCGCCUCAUCAAGCUUGGCCUCCACACCGACGCAGUAAUAGCUACUAGACUCCUCAAGGCCUACGUUUCCUACUCUCCAAAAUCACUCGCCAACGCCCACCAACUGUUCGACGAAAUUCCCUUCAAAGACACUGUCGUAUGGACCUCCCUCAUCUCAGCCUACGCCCAAGCCGGCCACCCAACACAAGCCCUCCAUCUCUUCUCCCAAAUGCACAUCCAAACCCAAACCAAACCGAACCAUUUCGUCUUUGCCACUGCUGCCCGCGCCUGCGGUUCAGUUCCAGACCUCCGCCUCGGCAAAACAGUCCACGCCUGCGUAAUAAAACAUGGGUUUAGUCCCAAUGUUGUUGUUGACACCUCUAUCCUAAACAUGUACGCGAAAUGUUGUGCUAUCGAAUUCUCGGUCAGGGUGUUCGAUGAAAUGCCCGAAAGGAACGUAAUCUCUUGGAACACAAUGAUUGCGGGGUACGCAAACAAUGGGAUGGGAAUUUGUGCGUUGGAGCUCUUUCAUAGGAUGAAAUGCGUUGAAUGUGAAGCACCGGAUGAAUUUUCUGUUGUAACUGCAUUAAGUGCUUGUGCUGGGACUAAUGAUUUGGCAUUGGGUAAGCAAAUCUAUGCGUAUGCUAUGUGCAGUGGUUUUUUGUCAGACCCCGCGACUGCAAAUGCGGCUGCGAAUUUGUAUUUUAGAUGCGGAAUAGUAGAGUGCGCCGAGAGUGCAUUGAAGGGAAGAGAAGAGAGUGCUAUGUUGAAACUCAUAAAGAUUAAAGGAUACGUCUUCAAUGGGAGAUACCAAAAUGCAAUCAAGAGUAUUGGUUACGAUUUUGUUGAAAUCAUUUUGAUGGAUUGCAGUAUUGUCAUUCCUGUUCUAACAGCCUGUGCGAACCUCUCAUUGCUUAGAAUUGGAAGGCAAAUCCAUGGUCUUAUUGUCACGUCCACUAAUUACUACAAUUGCCACUGGGAUGAUGAAGCAGCUGUCGCCAUAAGAACUGCUUUGAUCGACAUGUACGCCAAGUGCUGUAGUAUCGAAGAAGCCCAACGUGUUUUCGAUUAUUUGCCUAUCCAACAUGUAACGCAUUGGAAUGCAAUGAUUGCAGGGUACAUUCACAAUGGUUUGAUUGAAAAUGCAGUUCGUUGCUUUGAUGCAAUGCCUGAGAGAAAUGUAAUCUCAUGGACGUCAAUGAUUUCUGGAUAUGUUCGUUACAGAUUGCCUAAUGAAAGUAUAAGAUUACUUGCGAAGAUGUACCAUGAAGAUGGGUCAACUAGAGGAAACUGUUUCACUUUCUCGGCAGCUCUCAAUGCAUGCAGUCUCUUAACAGCAUUAGAUUUGGGCAAGCAAAUCCAUGCUCAAUCAGUUCGAACUGUCAUUACCUCAGACACCAACAGUGUGGAACUAGAAACAGCUCUCAUCGACAUGUACUCAAAAUCUGGCAAUUUAAAUUAUGCGCGGAGAGUCUUUGAUCGGAUGGGGGAGAGGAACGUGGUUUCAUGGACGUCGAUGAUCAUGGGCCAUGCUAUUCAUGGACGCGGUUCUCAAGCCCUUGAGGUUUUCCAACAAAUGCUCAAUUCGGGGUUGGAACCAAAUGAAGUUACAUUCGUUGUUGUUUUGAGCGCUUGUAGCCAUUGUGGUUUGGUGGAGGAAGGGAUGCGUUACUUCAAGUUGAUGAGGGAGAAGUAUGGAAUCAUUCAACGGUCUGAACACUAUGCAUGCAUGGUGGAUCUCUUGGGACGAGCAGGGAAGCUCACCGAAGCAUGGAGUUUGAUUGAAGGAAUCAUGUGCGUUGACAAUGACGGCAGUGGUGAUGAUGGUAAUGACGGGGCUGUUCUGGGGGCGUUGCUUGGAGGAUGCCAGUUGCAUGGUGAUGUGAAGAUGGGGAGCCAGGUGGCUAAAAAGAUGCUGGAAAGAAAGCAACAAGUCUCUGAAACUUACAUUGCACUUUCAAAUGUUUAUGCAUCAUCUGGGAUGUGGGACGAGGUGCACAGACUGAGAGAGGAACAGAAGAGCCAGGGUAUAGACAAGGAGCCUGGUCGUAGCCAGAUCGAGACGGUUGUUUCAGUUGAGGCAAGUGAAUUGAAUCACAGAUAG